CGCCGUAGCCGGAAAGAGCAUCAACUUUGCAUUGCAUUUGAAAUUCACUGCCAAAAAUGUUUUUGUAUAUAUAAUAUUGAAAGUGAAAUUCCUAAGAAGUAAUUAUAAACAAAAAAUGAUAUUAUACUGAUCGGUUACUCUAUCUGUCGCUGAAGUUCAGUACGUGAUUGUACAGGGACGAGAGUAUGUUUCGACAAUGUGGUGGUGUGAAUUGUAUGUUUAUGUGUAUUUCCACAGUCUCACAGUUUACUUAUAAUUGUAUAUUUCUUAUUUUUAUUAGUCACUCUGCAUUUAGUACUGAAUAGGAUAAAGACCUGCUAGCUCGUUCUGAACUUUGUACCCGAACCAUUCCAGCAGUCCACAGGAAAACAGUAUGCUUCUCCUCGUACUAAUUAAGCAGCACCGAAACAGGGUUGUUGCUGUUGAUGAUGAUGAUAAUAAAUAACACAUUGGGUGCGUUAAGUGAGCCACUCUGAAAGAUUUAAAUGGCUUAACGCUGAGCGACAUUUAAAAAUGGAGAAUAAUAAUUCUUUGCUUGUUUGUGUUUCUGAGGUGAUGGUAGGUGAAAUGGCCCUGUGUGUAAUAUGUCUCUGUCCCCUGCUGUACCUCACAGAGUUUGGCGCUGUGUUUAACACUUACAAUACAAUACCGACAUUAAUAUUGAAAAUUAUGAUUAAUACUACAAGCCUAAUAAUACAUCAAUAACUGUAAAACAGCUCUACAUUAAAUUAAAUGACACAAAUUCAAAAACAAUUUUUACCAUCUUUAGCCAAUUAAUACAUCAUAAGUUAAUAACUUCAUAAGUCAAAACCAAUUCAUAGUUCUUGACAAACAUAUCUGUCAAUCCUGCCUGUCAUCUCCACUUGUUUCCUGCAGGUGGCCAUUCUGUUCGCUCACUCUGAUCGCCGAUGAGAAAUGGCCAGGCAGGAGCGGAGCUGAGCAAGUCGUUAAAUCGAUUAUUUUACUGAGCUGCUCCGAGCCGCUCACUUAGUUAACGUGCCCAUUGUUGUCCCAGAACCUUAAUAGCGCAGGUUGUCGAGAUAAAGUCGAAUGUUGCGUGUUUUUAAAUUUAAUAGCAUCCAGGCACUGAAAUAUUGAUUUAUUUUUCAGACAGUUUAAAGCCAGUCCAUGACUACGAAGGAGAUGAUCCACUGGAUGUAUGGGAGAGGUCCAGAAACCAGCAAAUCCUUGGGAAGUCUCCAUUUCAUGCCAGCUACACGAACUACUUCAACCUCAUGGAAGUGUUUUAUUUUUGAGACAACCUCUGGUGAUCUAUUUUGCAAUAUGCAUCCUGCAUAUGGUAGAGCAGCUUCACAACAUCGAUAUAAUUCAUGCAGACAUCAAACCAGACAACUUUAAACUGGGAGACAGAUUUCUGGAAAAUCACUCCUUCGAUUUGGAGAAUUUGGAUCAUGGUUUGUCGUUGAUUGAUUUGGGUCAGAGUUUUAAUAUGACCCUGUUACCCAAAGGAACGUCCUUUACAGCAAAAGUGAAAACUUCCGGAUUCCAGUGCAUUGAAGUGAUAACUGGCAGACAAUGGAAUUAUCAGACAGAUUCUUUUGGAAUUGCUUGUACGGUUUACUGCAUGUUCUUUGGGUCUUACAUGAAAGUUAAAAUGGUGUUUGGAAGACUAGUGCUGCAUUUAAAAGAUGCAGUCUGUAAUCGCACAUCAAACCCACAGUAACUCAAAAGAAACGUUGUACAUUAGAAUUGAUGAAUCCUGAUGUAGAAAUGUGGACAGAUUUUUUUCACACCUUGCUGAACAUUCCAGACUGCAAUAGUCAUCUCUGAGGGACCUUCAUGAAAAAAAUGACAGCUGUGUUUAAUCAGAAUUACAUCAACAAGACUAAAAGACUCCAUAACAGACUUGUAGUGCUGCUGCUAGAAAGCAUACGUUCACGCAAAUAAGUAUUCCAUAAGUGAAAGCUGUGGCUUGUUUCUGUUGUGAUUGACUUCAGUAUUUGCUUUUUGUUUAAAAAAAAAAAAAAAAAAAAAAGGGAAAAACAUUUUACUGUGUUUAGAUUUUGAAUAUGAAAUUUUAGGUUUGUAAAACACAAUUACUACUGCUAUA